CUUCAAUUCCACUAGCAACGCCGACAAUGUAAACAUUGAAGAGCCUCUCUCUUGCUUACAUCAUUUCAUUACCUAUUUUGUCAAGGAGUAGAACUCAUGCGGUUAGCAUCUUACUUGCAUACUCUCGAUUUUACAGAAAUUGAUAAUACAAAUUCACGUUAGAUGUUAAGCAUACGUCACAUCUAAUUAAGAUAUUGCACAACUCGCGUACACAUCUCGGCAAUUCUAGACACUCAUAAUCGCACCUCGAAUCCGCCAGUAUAAAUAUUCACUCUCCACAUGAGUCACUUCAAAACAGACAGUAUCAAUACUCUAUCCGAAACUGAGGAUCUACACAUUCACCUCAAGAUAUCACAAGGUGGAGAGAACCAGAAAGAGACAGCUACAUCAUCUAUGUCCCUUCCACCUAAGACCACGCCGGCCCCUCAUCCCGUCUUUAUGCCCGGCAUGUCUCACCGAACUCAGGAUCCAGCAGCGACUCCUUCCCCUAUUCCUGUCCGGCCUAAGAGUAAUGAUACCACAAAGCAGCAGAAAGGCGAUGAAAACCAAGGUUUAUCCAUUAACCUCCCGCGUCUACGCCUACACAUCCAAGACAUCAACCACGGCGGCUCUAACAUAUUCCUCUCAUCCAUCAACGCCGCCACCGUUUUACGUAGUAGCAUAGAAACCAUCCACAAGCACCUCUACACCCCCUCCUCUCCAUCCUCCUCCGCUCCUACACCCCCAACUCUCCCCCUCAACCCCCCACCAACCCGUUCCGUAACCCUAAUCCUGCGCCCUAUGGACGGCGUAGCCUACACCACCGGCUCAGAUCUAGACUCGGACCACAAAGAAAUCCACUUCUCCCUCUCCUACAUCUCCUCCAUCCCAUCCUCCCGGCAGACCCACGAGAUCUCAGGUGUAAUCGUACACGAAUUAGUCCACUGCUACCAAUGGAACGGCCAAGGCCGCGCACCGGGCGGUUUAAUCGAGGGAAUGGCUGAUUGGGUACGUCUACAAGCUGGACUUGCGCCGCCGCAUUGGGAUCGCAAGCAAGUCCCUAGCAAGUGGGAUGCUGGAUACCAGCACACGGCUUACUUCCUAGAGUACCUUGAGAAUCGAUUUGGUGAGGGAAGUGUUCGUCAGGUUAAUGCGAAGUUGCGGACAGAGAAGUACGAUGGGAAGACAUUCUGGUUGGAGCUCUUUGGUGUAAAGGUGGAUGAGCUAUUCGAUGCUUACAAGAAGACGAAGGGCAAAGCAUGAUGGUAAUGACCUAAGAACUAGCAUGGGUUGUAGGGUCACAGAUGGGUCACCGGAGCAUGUGCUUAUGGCAGGAAGAGCAAGGGCUUUUAUG